AUCGAAAAGCAAACAUCAUCUAAUAUUAAGCGAAAAUGAAGUUCGCCAUUGCAACCAUUGCUGUCCUCGCCGCCACUGCUGCCGCCAUGGGCCGCCGUCAGAACGACGAAUGCUGCGCCGAGGUCCAAGCCGAGGCUUUUCUGGGAACAAAGUGCGCAGGUCUGGCGCUUCUUGAUUUCACAACAUUAGUUGAUGGCCAGUGUUACGAGUUCUACAAGAAAGGAUCGGAUUCUUACUACACCGCAGCUACAUGUGAAGCUGGCGUAUACACAGCUAACAUUUGGGUCAACGACGACGCCUGCACCCCAGACGCUGGUGUCUAUCCUCUUGAACAAGGACUUGAGUGCUCCACUAGCGAAGUAACCGACGGCAUGAGUGCUGCUCUUGAGCUUUCGUGCAUUGACGCAUAAAUUUGCUUUGCCGAGAGAUAGGCAAGAAACAAUAUAUCAAUAAAAUAAUUGCUGAUACUGGU